AUCUUUUUAUUGGUUAUGUAACCAAUAAAACGGCGGUGUUUCUUGUUAAACAGCAUCAACGAAUUUCACGAAUUCAACUAUAAUUAGUUCAAAAAUUGCAACUGUAAGGAACAAUCCUAUUGAUCAACUGUGUUUUGUUCUAUGUACUAUUCUGUUUCUUUCUAUACAACAUAACCUAACAAGCUAAAAGAAGAAUAAGAAUAUUGCUGAAUUGGAAUAGUGCUGAAUAACUUGAGAUAUAAAAUGUAAAUUGCUAACAGAAAAGUCCAUAACAAUGAGUAAAGAAGGACGAUUUUCUUCGCAUGAGUUACAGCAAUAUCGCGAGCGGUUAAUAAAACAGAAGGAAUUUCUGACUGAUAUAUUAUCUAAAAUUGAAAAACAAAUACUCGCAUUGCAGGUUGAACGAUUGCAUUUGAGAAACAGUCUGUUUGGGGCAGAAUGUACAGGUCAAGCAAUAUUACCAGAUUCACCAGACAAAUCAAGUAAUGUGAAGAUUGAACCAAUGAAUGAUGUUAAUCCACAAGAUUUCAACAAACAACAGUUGGAUUUAUCUGUACCAAUAUCAUACAAUAAUUUUGAAGAGGAAACUGAAGACGACGAAAUGUCUGAAAAUGAAAAAAUAAUAGAGAAGAAACUUGACCUUAUGGAUUACUAAAUAAACUAAUACUAAAUUUCUACUUGCUGAUUAAUACUAUAAGGAAACCAAGUUUUAACUCCUAAACUUACAUACCUUGUUAAGAUGACAUUAAUGUUAAUUUAUAUGCACAGGGAGAUGUUAAAAUAAACUCACAAUUAUCCUAUAAGAUUA